UACAUAUUUACGGAACUGAGUUUUAAGAUGGUUCAAGCAGAUGCUCCGUCAACAAACACAGCUCAAACAUAUCUCAUACAAUUCUUAAACUUCACCAUCAUGUCGAUGUCUUUCAUUGAGUUUGAAAGCUCAAGGGAAAAGGAUAAGAAACGCCAGUGGGAAAGAGAGGCAAGACAAUCAAUCUUAGACAAGGCAAAGAGUACAUAUGAGGCCAAAGAAAGGAAAGAAGAAGCAGCUCGUCAGCGAGGUGAGCACUUGUGGAUGUUGUCAUCUGUAGAAUCUAAACUUCAUUCUCAUAAGGAAGAUAAGAAGAAAAAGAAAAAGGACAAGAAAAAGAAGAAAGAAAAGAAAUCAAAGAAAAGCAAGAGAAAUGACUCCUCUCCAUCUGCAAGCAGUGACAGCGAUGCUGAGAAGGGGAUGUGGGUGGAAAAGUCAGCAUCCUGUGUUCCUAAAACUGUGGAAACAAUCAAUGCUUCAGAACCAGGUACCUCACAAGCAAGGGUACAAGAUGAAGAUUCCAAAACAGUACAAACAAAGCGUGACAGCUGGAUGGAGAUGACCUCCCUUUUUGGAACAUACUCUCGUGAUGAAAUAAGGGAACGUGAAGGCACUAGUAGAAAGAAGGCCAAGGAAGAAGAAGAAAGAAGGAAACGUGAAGCUGCAAAGCCUGGAUCCCAUGCUCUGGAGCUGAACCCUUUUUAUAAAAAUGGAGGAACAGGCCUACCGGAAGAACAGAAAAAAGAGCACAUGAAACCAGAGCCAUCAUCAAUAGGACUAGAUGCUGCUUGGUUACGAAAGGCUUUGAAGCGAGCAGAAGAACAAGCUAAGCUGGAGAAAAGAUCACUCGAAGAGAUAGCGGCUCAACGAUGGGGGUCUCUUGCAAAGUUUCAUGAGCUAUUAGCUGAAGCUGAAGGAAGAGGAAAGAAGAAACAGGGAGACAGUUGGCAGAGGAAACAGAGAAUAAUUGGAGAUCACAAUAAAAGCAGAGAAAGGAAUCGAAGCAGAGAAGAGAAUUAUGAUAGAAGCGGAGAGAGAAACAGAAGCACAAGUAGUGAAAGGAAAAUCAGUAUCAAGAGAGACAAGUUAAGAAGCAGAAGUAGAGACAGAAACAUAUAUAAUGAAGACUGCAAUAGAAAGUAUAGAAGAAGUAGAAGUCAGGAGAGGAGAGGGCACAGAAGAUACAGUAGUAGCAGCAGUAGCAGUGGGAGAAGCAGCAGAAGUGGCAGUAGACAUUGUAGCAGAGAUAAUGAUAAACAGGAUAAACAAUCAAAACAUGAAGACCACAGGUCUGAAAAGGGGCUUCCGAGACCUCCAGAUGAUGACUAUCCUACAAAACAGCCUUCAUUCUUAUCAUCAAAAUUCCGAAGACCAGGAGAAGAGGACAGUGGAAGAUCUACCAGUGACACGAGUACGAGAAAAAUUUUCAGUAAUCGUAGAUGGCAGAAGAAAGACUAUAAAAAUCAAUUAUUGGAACAAGAAACACAGUCACAUCAGAAUUCAUCAACUUCGUCAUCGUCAUCUUCAGAAUCAAGUGAUGUAGAAGAAGUACCAGUACCGGAGCCAUCAGCAAAUAAAGAUAUGAUUUCUGGAAAAGAAGCAUCACAUUCUGCUGCUGGUGCUCCAUCUCAGCCACCCGUCACAUUACUUACAGAUAAAGAAAUGAAUGAACUUGCAGCAAAGGUCAUGAAAGCAGAACUUGUUGGAAAUGAUACUCAAGUCAGUAAGUUGAAAGCAAAAUUGGAAGCUGCCAGGGCUGCUCGGGCCAAAACUCCAGCACUUGGGGAGGACAAUAAUGAAAGUGGAGACCAGAAAACAGAGGAAGUGAUUGUCCUAACCAGGAUGGAUAAAAAAGGUAUGUGCAGACCUGUGUCAGGAGUAGAUCAAGAAGAUGAAGGUGGAAAGAGAAGAAAAAAAGUCAAAACUCACGGACAAGAUGGUCAAAGAUCCCGAUACUUCCCAGAUGAUGACCAACAUGAUCUUAAGCGCAUGUUCGAGAGAGAAAAAGGAACAUCAGCUGAGGAUCAAAACUCUAUGUUUGAGCGGGCAGCCAUGCACAAUAGUGAGAGACUUACCGAUGACUAUGACAUAGACGACAUGUUCAUGAGUAAGGCAGCACUCAAGGAAACUGCUGCCAAACAAGCAGAGAGAGACAAGCUGAAAGCUAUACAGGAACACAAGCGUUCAGAACGUUCUUUAGAAUCAUGUCAGUGGUGUUUUGACAACAAAGAGAUGCCAAAGCAUUUAAUUGUAGCAUUAGGAACUAAGUCAUAUGUUUGUCUACCUCCCCAUGAAUCUCUGACUCCUGGCCACUGCCUUAUUGUCCCAAUUCACCAUAUUGCUUGUUCUGUUCAAGCUGAUGAAGAUUUAUGGAGCGAAAUUCAGAAUUUCCGUAAGUCUCUAGUAAAGAUGUUUGCCUCACGAGAUGAUGACUGCAUAUUCUUUGAAACAGUUAAGAAGCUGAAAUAUUAUCCCCACAUGGUUAUAAAUUGUGUUCCUCUGCCAAGAGAAAUGGGAGAUAUGGCACCCAUUUAUUUUAAGAAAGCGAUAAUGGAAUGUGAAGCUGAAUGGGCACAAAAUAAGAAGCUGGUUGAUUUAAAGAAUCGUGAUGUUCGCAGAGCAGUACCAAAAGGACUCCCAUACUUCUUUGUUGAUUUUGCUAUGGAUGCUGGUUAUGCUCAUGUGAUUGAAGAUGAACAGGAUUUUCCCAACAACUUUGCUCAGGAAAUUGUUGGUGGGAUGUUGGACCUAGAUAACAACUUAUGGCAUAAACCACGGAAGGAGAACUUUGAUGCACAGAGAAGGAAAGUAAUGGAGUUUAAUAAUUGGUAUAAGAAGUUUGAUCCUACUCAGGAUGACUGAUUGUAAAGGUCAGUACUAUAUGUGAGGAUCAUUAGGUGAGGGGAUUGUAAUUUUAACACAUUGUAUCAGAUGUUUCUUUGUAUUAAGGAAUGUUUUUCCAUUUUGUGGUUCCUAUGUAAUAUGUGAUGAAAAGCUGUGUUAUUAGAUAUACAGGUAUUCCUCAUAUAAUGGUUGAGGCUGCAUUCUUCUAAAUGAAGGAUACCUGACUGUAAACCAAUCAUAUACAGUACAUGACCCAGAAGUAGUUGCCAGAUAUUGUCAAGUAUUCAGGUAAUUUUGUCUGUAACUGUACAUGAAGUAUUAGUGUUGUGGAUAAGUUAGUAAUGUGGCAGUCAAUGAUGGUGAUUUGUAUCUUCUUUAAAGUACAGUACAGGUAAACCUUGAGUUACAAUUCGUUACAUUUUUAAAACACUGAUCAUUGGGUGAUUGAUUAUAUUUUAUAGACUUCCUAACAUGGGUUCAAUGGUGUUACAUAUUGGAGAUAAGAAAAGUUUUUUUUUACCCUAAAUUGAUUCAAGCAUAAUGGAAUAAACUCUGAUCACCAUUACAAGACAAUACAACUUUCCUGUACAUAAUACAGUAGACACAUUAUUGGAAAUCAACACCACAGAGUACAUCACUGAUUGUUAAUCACUGGGCAGUCACAAUCAGGCUUACAGUUAUUGUUCGUAAAACAGUCACUUGUACAUUAUUACCUCUCUAUACCAAAAUAACUGGUGAGUAGCCAGUUCAGUAUAGGGAGUUUUUCAGUGUAAAUUAAUCUGAAAACAAGUCCAAUUCCAAACUUUGUUUGGCAUAGCUGUAUAGUAUAUGAAAAAGUUUGCAUAUUUUUAGUCUGGAUAAAUUGUCAUAAUGCAGUAUACCUGUACCACUUUCUUUUUUUUAUAAAAUAGUUUGGUAACACAACUGCUUUGAGACAUGACGAGAGGAUUGUGUGUGACCAGGAGGCUUGUUGGGCAAGGUUGGUUGACUGUAGGGGCGAUUGUUAAACUGGGAGUGACUGACUGUAACUUGGGGAUGGAGUACUUGUAUAAUUGAAUGAGUGUAACUCGGGGGUAACCUGUAUUGAAAAAACUUCCGUGUAUAUUUUGGGAUUAUAUGAUCCUAAUAUUGAAUACUUAUGGAGUGUUCAGUAUGGAAAAGCUAUCUUGUAUUAAAAUUUACAGUACAGUACAGUGUAUGUAAAUGUGAAAAGCUUCUAUAUUAUAUUUAAAGUAUUUAUUUCACACAAUGUUAUCUUCUGGGCAAAAAACAAAUUCUGUAUGACAGUCAUUCAAGGUUACAAGAAAUAAAUGAUAUUUUUAAGUUUUA